AUGUCAACAGAAGCUCCUUUGGUGGCUGAGCUGGAGAAGAAGCACCCGAAGAAGCCCCAUGCCUUCACCAUUGAGAGCAUCCUGUCCAGCUCGGUGGAGAGCCGAGCCCCCGUCCUCUUCCCCUUCUGCUUCCGAGGUAUUUGGGAGCAGCAGGACCCCAAAACCUUGUGCUUUUGGGGGAAUCUGGCCACCGAGGAGGAGGAAACAGAGGAAGCAGCAGAAAGAGCUGGGUCGUCGUGCGGCUGUUGCUGCUGUUCCAAGGAGAACCUUCGCACGUGGCAAGACAGCGCAAAUUGGCUGGGGGACACCAGGUACGUGUGGCCCAUGAAGUUCUUCUACCCACUGGCCGGGCCCUGCAGGAAUCACCGCGGCAGCCCCAGUGCGCUGCAAAGCUUCCAGCAGAUCCAGCGACGGACUAGGCGACAUCGGACUAUCUUCACGGAGGAUCAGCUCCAGGCCUUGGAGACCCUCUUCCAUAAGAACCAAUAUCCAGACGUGAUCACCAGAGAACACCUAGCCAGCCAGAUCCACCUGAAGGAAGAGAGAGUUGAGUGCCAUUAUAACUCCAAACAGUCGCCAAACAGGUAG